CUCACUUUCGUCGCCGCCCCGUUUCCCUCUUCCCUGCGGAGCAACAGCGGCGACGUUUUCUGCGCAAUCGUGUCCCGGGCCAGCGUCGGCCUCUGUUUCACUUCGCCCGACGACCGCGAGCGCCUUGACGCCGCCUCGUCUGGCGGUUCUCUGGCGCCAGCGGCCUCCGGCACAGGGAGUGAGGAUCCAGGCUCGCCUGCUCUCCAACGACCGCACUUGGCUGCUUACCUUCGCCUUCGGGGGUAGCGCUGCCUCUCUACCACGUUUCCCAGCUCCAGUAAUAAUUGCACUGUGGGAUCAUGCAAAGCUAGCUAGUCAGCGCCCCGACAAAACCACCCUCUGCCCGUCACCCGGCUUCCUUUCUCCAACACCCACACCCGCGAGCACCACCAUGCCGCCGCCGCUGCUGACCUUGCGACCUCUGCAGCCCGCACCGCCUCGGGCGCCACCGCCCACACGGGACAAGACGUCAUUCUUCGACCUGCCCGCCGAGCUGCGCAUUGAGAUUUACAAACUCGCUCUGGAAAAGGUCACCAUCCACAUCCUGCCCCUCAACUCGAAGGACCCCGAGGACCGCAUUCGAGGCCUGCAGAUGCCGCAUGCCUUGACGAGAACCUCGAGACAGGUCCGCAAUGAGGUUCUCCCCCUGAUGCACGCCUCGUGCCCCAUCAAAUGUGCAGUCACGGAUUUCAAUUUCGAUGGCCUGCUCACCUGGAUCAAGCGAGUGCCUCCUCACGAAGAGACACAUUUGAAGAAAAACGAAAAUCUUACCAUCACGCUGCACACAGCGGAGCAGACGGUGCCUAAGACAAUGGAAUCCAUGCGCAAGUGGCUGAAGAUGCGCGCUGACAAGUGUCGCCCUCAGCCCAACUGGAAGUACCAGGGAUCUGCAGCGCAGAACAAGAUCGGAGCUGAUCUGCGGCGGCGCACGAAAAGAAUGACCGAGGUGGGAAAGCAGAAGGAGAUGCUCAAGAUCUUACAGGCUCUGAACAUCGCAUUGCCGAAUGGUCUUCUUCCCGAUCCAGACGACGAGGCUUCUCGAUCAAGCUCGCAGCCCGCGGCGGAUUCUCAGGAGCCAGGGCGGAGCGGCAGCGACUGAGCUACCCCAGAGGAUUCUUGUUCUAAGUCACCAGGACGAGUUCAACAUGCACGGAAUUUUGCUCUAGGUCAAGUUCUGAUGCGGCUUCCGGCGUGUAUCAAGCCUACAGGGCAUCAUUGGAUCAGUUUGCCAGGUACGACUAGUGUCUUCUUGAAAACCUACUUCCAAGACGAGACUAGGCAUCGACAGUAUGUCCGAUCGACUGCCAGGAUUAUUUUGGUUCAUGGCGUCUUGGGACAGCCUGUGCAGUGGGGCUCGAAGUUGUCAAGCUUACAUGCAGGAGCCCAAGUCCAACCAGAGCAUUAGGCUAUCUGAUCACGCAUUCGGCAUUUUUAUUUCGACAAAGGCCUCGUACAGUCUCGAAUGGUCAUUAGCGGCAGUUCGAGGCUUCUCCGUGAGCAAAAAUAUGCCUACGCGGCGAAUUCGCUUGUCCUCGUGCGUGCACACCCAGGAAUAGAACGAUCCAGAUUGAGCAGCAACUGUCGAGCACAAUCGCCAUCCUGUUUUCAGUCAUCAGGUCAUCGCUCCACGGCCACUCAGCCGGGCCUACUGGUUAUCGAAGGAUCUCAGGGCUGCCAAUCUAUUGUUGAAUGGCCGGGAAUGGCCUUUGCUGCGACUCCUGAACAUAAGAAUGUUGCUGUGACUGAUUUGAAGAAGGCUCGACGAGCAUACUAAGCAUUCGUGUCACCGGCCGACCGGUGUACAUGUUUGUCGAAGAGGUCUGUUGUGGAACGAAACAAAGGCCGAAUGUGAACUGCAAAUAGUUCAGGCUCAGCCAGUGGGAGGAGUUAUGAUGUUGCUCACUACAGAGCAUGAGGAUCGCGAGGGAGUAAUAUAAUCAUAAUGCCAGAGUGGCUGUUUGUGUAAACUUCUGGACUCGGCCGAGCUUCUGUGAAAAUAGUGCCAUUACUGUCACUUUCUUCUUACAUUCUGUAUUUGAACGAAC